AUGUGUGAGUACGUCCAAGAUGGGCACUUCUAUCUUGGGUUGGCCUGGUCAAACGCCCCUAAUAAUCAUCAAGAGUUCACUCGAAGGUCGUUCUCUACGUCAUCCUGGCCCUCCGGGGCAUCGGUCUGGGGGUUCCACGCCCUCGAACAUCAGCCAUUAGCUCAUCCCGCGGCCGUGGCCAUAGUCUUCGCCCGGUCAAACGGCCAGACGGCGGCUUCUUACCAGGUGCGGUUAGCCACGCUGUGGGCGUUCGGCGGCACGGCGGUCGUUGCGGCUUUCCUCCUCCGGGAGAGCCUCGUCUGGCUGAUUGGCCGGGACCACGUCGAAAAGACCGAGGAGUCAGUCACUGCAAAGACUAGAGGUACUGGCGGCGGCGGUGGCGGUGGCGACAGUGGUGACCCUAACAUGCUCUGGUGGAUCUGGACGGUGUUGGUAGACGAGGAGGACGACUGCUGGUGCCGGUCAUUGCAUCUCGGUGCACCUCCGGUCCAAGGCCGGCGGCACCGGCACCACCGGUAUCACCGCGCGGUCCGUCGGCAGCAGGCCACUCAACUUGUUCAGGCUGUGCGUGUAUAUAACACGGACGAGGCCGACUGGGGCGACAAAAUCAACUUCAUCGUCGCCGGGCUCGGCGUCGUCGCGUUUGUUACUAUGUGA